GACCUGGGCUCCAUCUCCACCACUCUUCCCAAAGCCAUGGCCAAUUCCCUCUGGGACACCAGGGACAUCUCCUAUGCAGGAUGUGCUGCACAGCUCUUGUUCUUCAUCUUCUUUCUUGCAGCAGAGUAUUGUCUUCUCACCAUUAUGGCCUAUGACCGCUACGUUGCCAUCUGCAAACCCCUGCACUACGGGACCCUCCUGGGCAGCAGAGCUUGUGUCCACAUGGCAGCAGCUGCCUGGGGCAGUGGGUUUCUCUAUGCUCUCCUGCACACGGCCAAUACAUUUUCCCUGCCCCUCUGCCAGGGCAAUGCCCUGGACAAGUUCUUCUGUGAAAUCCCCCAGAUCCUCAAGCUCUCCUGCUCAGACUCCUACCUCAGGGAAGUUGGGCUUCUUGUGGUCAGUGUCUGUUUAGGCUUUGGUUGUUUUGUGUUCAUCGUGCUGUCCUACGUGCAGAUCUUCAGGGCCGUGCUGAGGAUCCCCUCUGAGCAGGGACGGCACAAAGCCUUUUCCACGUGCCUCCCUCACCUGGCCGUGGUCUCCCUGUUUCUCAGCACUGCCAUGUUUGCCUACCUCAAGCCCCCCUCCAUCUCCUCCCCAGUUCUCGACCUGGUGGUGGCUGUGCUGUACUCGGUGGUGCCUCCAGCACUGAACCCCCUCAUCUAC